AUUGCUUUUUUAUGGAUGAACCAAUUUAGAUAUACUCCUGAUUCUAUUCCAAGGACUUUCUUAGAAAGUAAGUGUUGUCUUAUACAGGUGAGGUACAAGAUUCCUGUAGAUGAAGGAGCAGCUGUUUACAAGUUUGAGGCUCACCUGGAUGGGAGGACCAUCACUGCUCAUUGCAUGGAGAAGAAGGCAGCGGAAAAGGUGUACAAGGAUGCUGUUCAGGCUGGCCAGACUGCAGUCCUUGCCAGGGAAGACAGCCGUAGCAGUGAUGUCCUGACCCUACAGUUAGGAAAUCUUCCUCCAGGGACCCAAGCAGAGCUGAAGCUAGGCCUGGUAAUGGAGCUGAAAGUGCAGACAGACGGGGGAGUGGGCUUCAUAUUGCCAACAUUCCUAAAGCCAAGAUACAGGUCCUGCUAAUGGUGCUUGUGCUCGUGAUACAGAGAAGAUAAAGGAG